GUUUUCUAUAUAUUUAUAGUUCAGAUCUUAUAUCUCUUUUGCUUAGUUAACAAUAAAAGUUUAAUUAUUAUCUUUAAUAUUUAUCAGUGAAUGAUGAUUUGCAGUUUCUAAGUUUAUAUUCAAUGAUGGAUUUUGAAUAUGACAGUUCGCAAACUGUUCUGAAAAACACAGAAAAACUUCUGUUGGAUAAUAUUUUUUUGGAUUUUACUGUCAAGGUUGAUGACGUUUCUCUGCAAUGUCACCGUAUUUUUCUGGCAGCGUCGUCACAUUUCUUCAGAGCACUUUUAAUGAGUGACAUGAAGGAGGCUAAAGAGGGUUGUGUAACAAUCAAUGGGAUUUCUCUUAAAACAUUUCAACACAUUUUGAAGUCAAUGUAUACUGGAAAAGUUCCUCUCACGAAAGAUAAUUUUAUAGAUAUCUGGUAUGCAGCGGAUCAACUACAGAUAGACUUUAUUGUUACACACUGUGAGGAUUUCGCUACAAAGGCCAUUUCUGUUGAAAACAUUGAAAACGUUGUGAGUACAGCUAAAGCUUUUAAAUCCGAAAAAGUGUUGAAUGCUUCAAAAUCUUUUAUGUUAAAUAACUUCGGCAUACUUAUGAACGACAAGCCUAUAAUGGAGCUCGAAGUUAAAGAUUUCAAUGAAUUGAUUGAUUCUCGGGACCUAAAAGUAGAAAACGAAGACUGGGUCAUACAAACAGUGUUAAAGUGGGUUGAGUACAGGUCUGAAGAGAAAUGCAGUGUUGAAUAUGAAGAAGUUUUCACUGACAAUAAAGAUAACACUACAAAUAGUUCAAAUGAUGAAUCUGGUAAAAGUCUUCAUGCAGCCAAUAAACAAAUGUUGAAUAAAAUAAGUCACAGAACUCAAGCCUUGACAACAUUAUUGAAGUCUGUGAGGACGUGUCUUGUGAGUACACAACUUCUAAAAGAUCUGCUAAAACAUCGAUUGAUAAUCAACAACACUGAAGCUAGAGAUAUUUUGAUUGAUGCUGUAUUGUAUAAGACAACACAUUAUAACCACGGACAAUGGCGAACAAGUGCCAUACAUCGAGGCUCUAGUGAGUGGGAGCAUUACGGUGUUGAGUAUCAUAUAGAAAGAGGAGAAUUUUAUUACAUACAUGUUUUUGAUGAUAAGCUUUACAAAAGUAUAGGCUGUACCGAUAUAUCACUAGACGUCAAUUUAGUUGUUUUUGACUCUUAUCUGUACGCCAGUGGUGUUAAAGACGAAUCUCAAACAAACAGCUGUCUGUAUGUUUUUUGUGUAAAUGCUUGGAACAAAAUUACUGAGAUACCAGGACGGCAGUUAAUUUUAGUGCCAUGUGAACAGUGUAUCUUUAUUCUUAGUAAAUGUUCUACUGAAAUAUAUAAAAUAUUCCCUAAAUCUCGGAAACCAAAAGUUGAAGAAUUAACAAAGCUACCAGUUACAAUAAAAGUACAACAGGCUAUACAUUUUCAUAGAACGAUUCUGAUUUUCAGUUCUGUUACCGUCAAUGGCGAAGAUAAAACUGCAGUUCAUCAGCUGGACAUUUUAACAAAGAAAUUAACAGAAUUAGAACAGUUGAAUGGACCGGCUGAACAGAUAAUAAGUUUCAGUGAUGACAACAAUACUUACGUAUUACAAACUGUUGGAGAUUUGUGGAUUAUAAACUGUUUAGUUGAAAAAGUCACAUUCAAAUUGUUGGGAAGGUUAUGGACAAUUAAGAGAAAGUUGUACGGUGCAUUGACAUACAAGAAAAAGUUGACCACAUUUGGUUGUAACCCCACCCACGAGCCGGCUGAACAAAAACGGUUGAGUUCGUUUAAAGAGUACUUUAACUGUAUAGAAUACUGGGGGACUGAUGAAACAUGUUCAAAUUUUAUACCAAUUACACUACAGAAAGAUGAAUUGGUGCCUGACUAA